AUGUCCGGACAAAAGGCACCAUAUGUCACCCUCGAUGUAUUCACAUCACAGAGAUUCAAAGGCAACCCUGUUGCCAUUGUGAAGCUCAGCGAUGUCAAGUUGUCACAGAAACAAAAGCAACAAAUCGCCAAGGAAUUCAACUUCUCUGAGACAGUGUUCUUGCAUCCCGCCACAGGGGAUGGGAACCAUCAGGUUGACAUCUUCACUCCUAUCAACGAGAUGGAGUUCGCCGGCCAUCCCAUCAUUGGCGCCGGUCACUUCCUCUUCCGCCAGGUAUUGGCUGACGCUCCCAAUCGCUCGAACACCCUCACUGUAAUAACCAAAGCUGGACCCGUUCCGAUAUCAUAUGAUCCAGCCAACGAGGUUAUCUCCGCUGAGGCCCCCCACAAUAUUCACAUCCACCAGCAGGGUGCGACACUAAGCCAUAUCCUUCCCGUUCAAGCAAGUCUGAGCGCGGUUUCGGAUCUGCAGGGCUUACCAGAGACGUCACCAGUCAUCUCCGUAGUCAAAGGUGUCACAUACGCGCUGGUGGAUCUGACUGAAAGACCGGAUAUCUUCGCCAACAUUGUGCCUGGUGGAAGUCCGGACCUUGAUCUUGAUGAGGGAUGGUCGCCGUCCUUCACCGGCAUCAUGUAUCAUCGGCAUCUUGGGUCUCGUACGGAGGGAGACUUGGUCAUUUGGGAUCUUCGUGUGCGCAUGGUUGCGAUUGAUCUAGAGGAUCCUGCUUGUGGCAGUGGGGGUUGUUCCCUUGGAGCUUACCUUGCGCUAUCCAAUGGUCAGAAGGGUCGGAAUCACCGGUUCUGUAUUGAUCAGGGAAUUGAGAUGGGGAGGGAUAGUCAUAUCAUUGUGGACGUGCUCUUGGAUGAGGACAGGAAGAAGGUCUCAACUAUCAAACUCGCUGGUCAUGCUGCAUUUGUAGCGGAAGGGAACAUCUUUGUUGAUUAA